AUGUCUGGCUUUCUUGGUAUUCCACUUUUGGUUAUGACUGAUUCGUAUAAACCGUCUCACUCGUUUAUGAUACCUGAGGCUAAAAAGUGUAUUGCAUAUGGCGAGUUUAGGAAAGGAUAUGAUGGUGAUAAAGAAGAUACGCGUAUUUUAUUCUUUGGAAUCCGAUACAUAAUUGAAAAUUAUAUUGCGAUCAAAUGGACAAAGAAAGAUGUCGAGUUGUCAGAAAAAUUUUUUGCAACUCAUAAUGCAGGAUUUACGCCUUUUCCGUUUCCAAAAGAUUUGUUUAUAAAGUUUAUCGAAGAGAACGAUGGAUAUUUUCCAAUAAAGAUUGAAGCUUUACCAGAAGGUACCUCGUGUCAUGUACAUACUCCGGUUUACCAAAUCACGGCAGAGAACGAAUAUGCGCCAUUAGUUACAUAUUUGGAAACUAUAAUUACUAUGAUUUGGUAUCCAACAACAGUUGCAACACUUUCGCGUCGUGCACGUGAUCUCUCCGAGGAUGCUUAUCAAAAAACGGUCGUUGAUGCUGGAAAUACGACAGUGGAUAGUCGACUGCAUGAUUUUGGAUUUCGAGGAUGUACUUGUAUUGAGCAAUCGAUUAUUGGCGGUGUAGCUCAUUUGUUGAAUUUCUGUGGAACAGAUACCAUGAGUGCUGCUUAUUAUGCUCAGUUCACUCUGAAUAAUGGCAAGCCUAUUGCGACUUCAGUUCCAGCGACCGAACACUCGGUCAUGAUAGCUCACAAAACAGAAAGAGAAAUUAAAAAGUUUGGCACUGGAGUUUUUGCAUGCGUAUUGGAUUCUUUUGAUUAUGUCAAUGCGUUGGAAAAAAUUCUUCCGUCAAUUGCUAAACAAAAAGUUGAAGCGGGUGGAUUUAUGGUAUUAAGACCCGAUAGCGGUGAUCCAGUCGAUAGUGUAUUAAAGGGUCUAAGGGCCGCAGAUAAAGUAUUUGGUAGUGACGUUAAUGGCAAAGGGUAUAAAGUAUUACGUGGGGCUGGUGUCCUCCAAGGUGAUGGUGUGUCUAUCAAAGCUAUAAAGGAUAUUCUGGAUGCAACGAGAGAAGCCGGUUAUUCCGCUCAAAACGUUACAUUUGGAAUGGGAGGUGGUUUAUUACAAAAACUUAAUCGGGACACUAUGAGUUUUGCCACCAAACUUUGUCAUAUUACCUACGCUGAUGGACAUAAGAGGGACAUUAUGAAAACACCGAAGUCCGACUCUGAAAAAAUUAGUUUGCCGGGCGAAUUUGUCGUUAAAAAGAAUAAGCAAGGAGUUCCAAUCGUUUAUCCUAAAGAAAGUUUUCCAGAAAAUGAUCCAGACAAUUUAUUAAAAGUUGUUUAUGAUCAUGGUAAAAUAUGUGAAUGGGAAGACUUUGACACCAUUAAGAAGCGUGUUGCAAUUGAAUGGCCAGCUCUACCACGUACAUAUGAUAAUAUUAGUCCCGAACUUAAGGUUAAAAUUGAUAAAACCAUAAAGGAAAUCAAAAGUUCUCAACAAUGA